AUGGCGCUAUUAGAGUACGAAAAUCAAAUAUUCUUGGACGCCUUUCACGAGGAUGGUUUAUUGAUCACAGCUAGGGGUCUAUGUGUGGACAGAGUAUUUAUAAACUUCCUAAAGCUAUACUGUGAUCCGGCUAAUCUGGUACUGGUGUUGCAGACAUCUCUUUCUGAUGAGGAAUAUUUUCUUGAGGAGUUGUCGGCUUUAGAUGUGCAGAACUUACCGAAACAGAUCACUAAUGAAUACAGUGCCAAUGAUAGGACGUCUGUGUACCUGGAAGGUGGAGUGCUGUUUGUGACAUCACGGAUUCUUGUCAUGGAUUUAUUAACUGAUAAAUUACCCACUCAUUUAGUGACUGGCAUACUAGUAUACAAAGCACAUAGAAUUAUUGAGUCUUGUCAGGAAGCAUUCAUACUACGCCUCUAUCGUCAGAAGAACAAGACCGGGUUCAUAAAAGCGUUCUCCGACCAGCCACAGUGCUUCGCAUCAGGUUUCUGUAAAUUAGAACGUGUCAUGAAAAACCUGUUUGUUCGCAAACUUUAUCUUUGGCCCAGAUUCCAUGUGGAUGUAAAAGCCUGUAUGGACAAACAUAAGCCUGAAGUGAUAGAGUUAGGAAUUCCGAUGACAGGGAGCAUGAAAUCAAUUCAGUCAUCCAUCUUGGAUAUUAUGAAUGCAGUCGUUAAAGAGAUUAAACAAUGUAACCCCAGUAUGGAUAUAGAUGAUCUAACUGUGGAGAACUCACUGGCAAAGCAAUCAUUGGAGCAAAUAAUCCGCUUACAAUUAGACCCUGUAUGGUAUCAGUUGGGCUCUAAAACAAAACAGCUUGUGUCAGAUCUGAAGUUAUUGAGAGCAUUGUUAUUUUACCUAACUCAGUAUGAUUGUGUCACAUUUUAUAAGUUCCUACAAACCUUAAGGUCGAGUGAAACAAGAUUGAUUCACAAUUCUGGUUGGUUGUUUCUUGAAUCAGCGGAUUCAAUGUUUUCACAUGCCAAGGACAGAGUUUAUGGAUCUUCCAAAAAAACAAAGAAUAAAAAAAAUGAUGCUUCAACUGAAGUUCAAGACGUAUCUUUAGAAGAAAGUCCAAAAUGGAAGACAUUGUCAGAAAUUCUUGAAGAAAUAGAGACAGAAAAUAAGGAAGAUUCUGCAGGGUUGGGUAUUGGUAGAGUAAUGAUUGUGGCGCAUGAUGACAGGACAUGUUGUCAACUGAGAGAUUACCUCAAAGAUGGUGCUAAACCAGUAUUGAUGGACUUAUGUCAGAGAGCAUUACACAGUGAAGAGCACAUGGCACAGAAGGAACCCAAAAGAUGGGAGAAAGGUGCAAUGAGUAGGAGGAAAAGAAAAAUUGAAGAAACUGAAAAAGAUGACCAUGAUGUCAUCACAUUGACGCAGAUUGUCAAGCGAUACGAGUCACAUGACAAGAGUUUUGAAGAUGAGAAUAAAAAGUUUGAUCCUCAGCCAUCUUUAUCAUCAGAAUCAUGUUUCACUGUUGUAUCAUCCUCCGUUACUGUAAUACACCCCUUACAGGGACACAAAGAUCCUUUCAGUUUUAGGAAAACCUUGAAAGAGUUACAACCGAGGUACGUGAUCCUGUAUGAUGCUGAUAUACAACUUGUACGUCAGUUAGAGGUGUACAAGGCUUGCAGGCCAGGUGAACCACUGCGUGUUUAUUUCUUGGUUUACUCGGGAUCAACUGAAGAACAACAAUAUCUGACAUCCCUCCGGAAAGAAUCAAAUGCAUUUGAACAUUUAAUAAAAGAAAAAGCUACUUUGGUGAUUCCCGAGGACAUUAAUGAUAUGGCUGAUAUAAGGUCAGAGGUCAGUUCUACAUCAGGUGUAAGUUCUAGAAAAGCUGGUGGCCAAGAUAAGGAACCAUCAAAACAAAAGAUUCUUGUAGAUUUACGUGAAUUUCGCAGUGAGCUGCCGUCUUUAAUCCACAAACGAGGAAUUGAAAUUGAACCAAUCACAUUGGAGGUUGGUGACUAUAUACUCACUCCUGACAUGUGUGUGGAGAGGAAAAGUUUGAGUGAUUUGAUUGGUUCAUUGAAUAGUGGUCGUCUCUACAACCAAUGUACAUCCAUGUCAAGAUAUUAUGCUAAACCAAUACUACUCAUAGAAUUUGAUCCAAAUAAAUCAUUUGCACUGCAGCCGAAAACAGCCCUGGGAAGCGAGAUUUCGAUUCAGAAUGUCUCAUCCAAGCUCACUCUGUUGACGUUACAUUUUCCAAAAUUGAGGAUAUUCUGGUGUCCUAGUCCGCAUGCCACAGCCGAACUCUUUGAAGAAAUCAAGAUUGGCAAGGAACAACCAGACAGUGCUGUUGCCAUGACAAUAACUGGUGAUGAGAGUGAAAUAUCUGAUAAAUACAACUAUUCUACAUACGACUUUGUUAUAAAGUUGCCAGGAAUCAACUCAAAAAACUACUGGAUGAUACUGAAUAAAGUGAAGAACCUGACAGAGUUGAUUGGUUUGAGUCAAGAGGAGUUAUGCAAAUUACUUGACAAUUCAAAUAAUGGCAAAGCAUUGUGGGAGUUCUUGCACCACAAGCAUGGAGUGGAGAGCAAAGAAGGAGCUGCAGGGGUCUCCAAGGAUACGCGUUACAACAAAGGCAAACAGAAGAUGAAGAAAUAA